AUGGAGAACUUUAAGGACUUGGAAAGUAUCCUCCUUCAGCAGCCCUGGACUUCAGUUUGUUUUGCUGAAUCCACUACACUGAUGGUCAAGGCAUGGUUUGGAGAUGCAGGUUACGCCUUACUCCUCUCUGAUCUCAGCAAUAUGUGGUAUGAGACUGCAGAUACUGAGGUGAUACAGCAGAGGUCAAAGGAGCUAAACAAGAGAUUGACAGCACAUGUGUCCUCCUUCCUGAACCACCUGAACACUCUGAUAUGUCCCCUUCUGGAAGGGGAAAAGAACAGUUCUACCUCCUUUUCCUGCCAACUAAGCUCCAGCAUGCUGACUCUCCAUGUGAAAAGUGAACUGUCAGGAUUGCCUUUCUACUGGGACUUUCACUGUUUGGCUGUGCCUCUUGAAAUGAUGUCUCAACACCUUGUGCGGCCCUUGAUGGCAAUGAGCUUGGUGUUGCAGUGUCAAGCGCGGGAGCUGGCAUCGUUGCUAUACCAGAAGGAUGCAGAGAUUGAAGAUUAUCGGGAAAGCGGGGCUGUUCUCAGCAGAGAACGUCUCAAAACAGAACCUUUUAAGGAAGAAUCUUUCCUGCAGACAUUUCAGAAUCAGAAAAAGAAAAUACCUGAUUUUCUUCUCUCACCACCUGCUCUGUCUCAUGUCAGUACCCAUGUUCUGCGCAGACCCCCAAUUCUUGCUCUCACUUCAGGUUUCGAGGAGAUCUACACUUCAGCCUUCACUCACACUGCAGCUUUGUUGUAAAGCCCCUGUUUUCCUGCUAGUGCCAUGAUAUUUAUUUUAAACGUUUAUUUAUUCACAUGUGUCUCACAUGUCUCCUCCAAGGAGAUUAGUAUGGAAUACAUGGCUCCUUCUCCUCAUUAUCCUUACAACAACCCCAUGAGGUACAGUAGGUUAUACUGGAGAGAUGUAGCCAUGGUUGUUAAAGUAAUAUCAAAGAACUAUAGUUGUGUAUUUAACAAAGAACUGACUGACUCAAGAUCAAUCAGUAAGCUUCAUGACUGAGGAGAAAUUUGAACCUGGAUCUCUAACCACUGUGCCACACUGUUGGACUGAUUCCACAACAUCACAACUCCAUUCCAUCUUCACCACAUACAUAGCACAGGUAACUGCGCAACUCAAAGCUACUUUUAGCACCUCUACAUUAGCUCACUGGCACUAGCACAAGAGCUUCCAAAUACAUUAAAGGUGUGUUGAUUUGAAACGUUUUGAUUAGUCUAGUUUGUUGGUUUUUAUUUUUGUUUUUGCUUUUUUUUUUAAUGGAGGAGUUGCCCUUUUCUAAUUGGCCAGUGCUGAUACAAUGAAUAAGGAUGCAAAGUUUCCAUCAUUAUUUUUAGGAAGGUAUGCUAGUGACCAAGCCUUUAUGGUUAUUUUCUCUGCCAUCUCUGUGUGUCUACAUUUUUCAUUUCUGAAAGGUACCUCUUUUGAUUAAAUGGUAAUGUGCUUUGCCCAUAGGACUCAGACUGGUCUUCCUGAAGGGUUUAGGAGGAUUGCUUUUUAGGGGGCAUUACUGCUAUACAUAGGAGUAUAUCACACGGAGCUUU